AACAAAUACAGCCCUCACCAACUCAGCAUUAUGACGACACAAAGCUCCCUUGCAGGCCUGGAAACAUAUGAGAACCUGAAUGUUGAAUACGAAAACGCCUACGCAGACAACACAUUCAAAGAAGCCUGCAUCACAAAGCCAUAUCUAUACUUGCUUCUGGAUCGCGACUUAUAGACGUGGGAUGUGGAGCCGGUAUGGCAGUUGCGGACAUGCUAUCUUGGGCAGAGCUUGAUGUUGUCGGCUUCGACAUCUCACCCAAGACGGUUCGCCUCGCACAGUCACGAGUCAAAGGUCUCUACACUAUCUCUGACAUGCUCAGCUACGAUCCCGAUUGCCAAUUCGCUGCUGUUUUCAUUGUCUUUUCUCACCUACCGCUCUCGUUUGCAGAUUUCAGCGCCGCUGCUUACUAG